AUGAAGCAACAAUUGGCGACAAGCAAUACCAGACACCAAGGGUUCGUCUGCAACAGGCUAAAAGACCUGAUGAAGGGGAUCAGGUCGAUCGCUUGUCGGCAGAUCAGCUUUUCCAAUCGGGGUCCCGCCUUCCUUGCAACGAGCGGAACUACAGUCAAGAAACCCGACCGCGAUGUUGGGGAUACUAUAAAUAUGAGUCCAGAGCAGCUCUUGAUCGAGGCAGUCACCAAGGCGACUGGUGGCUACGAUCAUGGUGCAGUCUACAAGAACAUGACAUACGGCUUGGCCAGCGAAAAUCGCUACCGACUUGCCCGCGCUAGCUCAGGUCUCUACAAGAUGGAGAGCGACCAACAAAAGGACUACAAGAGCGGUGGUCAGCUCUCGGUCUGCAACAAUCCCCAACGUAACCGCUACGAGGAGCGCGAUCGUUCCGCCCACCACCAGGACUCAAUUCAGCGCGACCAGCCUAUCAACUUCGACGAAGAGACGGCGAACUUCGACCGCAUACGCGAAUGGCUGGAUAGUGUUCCGCUGGAUCAUGGCGCCUUGAGCACGAACACGGAAGAAGAUGGAGAGGAUGAAACCCUAAGCGAUGAUAUCAACAGGCAUCUGAACGAUCACAUCAAUCGAGUGACGAGAGACUACAAACCUGGUGAGACUAUUGCCCGGAUCAAGGAUGUCAUGGAGGGAGGCCACCGAUACCAUCGCGCUUGCCAAAGCGAAGAGAACGAUCAUGUCAAGGGCAAUGAUCAGGUUGGGGUCAACUAUUCAUCAAACGGCAACUACCAAGGUCCAAGCGACAAUCUCAGCGCAUUCCAAGACGGCCACGAUACUCGGGUUGCCAGUCGCAGCGAUCAGCGUGCAGCCUACGAGCAUCUACAUCACGACGUGUACUACCAUGCUCGGUAA